GGUGGAGGCAGUUUACCUGAUGUCGAUGAGAAUAGGCUGUUGGAUAACCACUGAGCAAGCAGUUCCUCGGCCCACGGAGUCUCCAAUUCCUCUCUUAAAGAGAUGGCACUGUGUCGUGAGUAGGAAAGCCUCAUGAACACACACUGGUUAAAAGCAUCUUACUAGCCCACAACCGUUUUCUAGCCUUCCUAGCCUCUAGAAAAGAUGAGGUUCAAAAUGUGCCAGCUUUCCUAAGUAGAUAACAAGCCAUGGCCUGAAGAGCUGCGAGAGGACCCCACUGAAAAGAGACGUGAGCUGUAAUUUGGAGAAUGAAUAUUUUGAAGAGUAGUUGAAUGUGGACAGUGAAGAGAAGCAUUUUCAAGAACACAGCAUGAGCAGAGGAGGACGUUAGUAACUCAAGCAGAGGGUUUGGCUGGGAUGUUCCAGUAAUUCUGAGAAAUUCAGAAGAGACCCAGUUCAGCACAAGAGUUUUCAAAAAGCAAAUGAGACAAGUGAAGAAUCCUUUUGGCUUGGAGAUCACUAAUCCAUCCACAGCUUCAAUUACAACUGGCAUAACCUUGACAACAGAUUGCCUUGAAGACUGUCGCCUUACAUGCUACUGGGGCUGCAGUGUCCAAAAAGUGUAUGAAGCCCUGCAGAAGCACAUGUACUGCUUCCGAAUCAGCACCCCCCAGGCCUUAGAAGAUGCCCUGUACAGCGAGUAUCUCCACCAAGAGCAGUAUCUUAUUAAAAAGGACAGCAGAGAAGAAAUAUAUUGCCAGUUACCAAGAGACACUAAAAUUGAGGACUUCGGGACAGUGCCCAGAUCUCGUUACCCGUUAGUGGCGCUGUUGACGUUAGCUGAUGAGGAUGACCGAGAAGUUUAUGAUAUUAUUUCCAUGGUAUCAGUAAUUCAUAUUCCUGAUAAGACUUAUAAACUUCCCUGCAGAAUAUUGUAUCAAUAUUUACUCCUGGCUCAGGGUCAAUUUCAUGAUCUUAAGCAACUUUUCAUGUCUGCAAGUAAUAAUUCCACUCCCUCCAGCAAUCCCUCACCAGAGGAAAAGAACGUGGACCGCAGUUUGCUGGAAAAGGCCGGACUGUGUGAGAGCGAGGCGGAGCCAGCGGAGGAGACCAGCAAGGACUGCGUGGUGUGCCAGAACGGGAGCGUGAACUGGGUGCUCCUGCCCUGCCGGCACGCGUGCCUGUGUGAUGCCUGCGUCAGGUAUUUCCAGCAGUGCCCGAUGUGCAGGCAGUUUGUGCAGGAAUCCUUUGCACUCUGCAGUCAGAAAGAGCAGGACAGAGACAAACUGAAAACUCUUUGAAAUGCUGUUGCAACUGCAAAACACACUUUCUACCUGAGAUGCAGACAGUUGUGUCCUUAGCAUUAAUCCUGAUGCGGGGUCAACAGUAUUGACCAUAAAGAAAAUUCUGGUUUUUGCUUUAUUUAUGCAAUACGUGGACGAUGGAAGUGAAUGAUUCCCUUCUGCUCAGUGUGGUGAACCCUGGAAUACUACGUUAAUACAUAAAAUUCAGAAGAAUGUAAACAUUCAGCUUUUUGUCACUAGAUGAUUUCAUACAAUCAUUUGCAAAAAUCAUUCUGAAAAGCAAUCCAUCUGAAAUUUGGGAAGGUAAAAGUCUAAAGAUUGCUGGAUAUUUUGCCUUUGACGUAAUCUGGAGUGAAAUUUGGAAGAAACUUAUUUCUCUUUAAAGUAAUUGUAUGUACCUCAGUUUAUAAAAGAGUUGGAAAGGGCUUAAGUCCUUUCCUGAAACACGCUUUUAUAAAUGUCAAUCUCUUUGGUUUCUAAUUGCCCUUAACAUCAUAGUUACACAAGCACAAAUCCUAAUUUUUAAAUAUAGGUUGUUAAAUCAUAAAUGCAAGAUACGAUUCUUUACUGUCCCAAUGUAUCAUAUAUUAAAAUGAUACUGAUCCAUAGGUGGCAGAUAUGUGAAACCCAGGUAAUAAAAUUUCUUGGAUAAUUAAAUUUAUCAGCUUGCUUGUUAGAUGUUAGAUUAGCAAAAUUAUCAGGGAAGAUCUGUGAGACUGGUAAUGCCUUCCCUUAGAUUUCCUCCUGUAGCAAAUUUAUUCACAAAAAGAAGGGUUUUCAAAAAAUUGGUAAAAGAAACAGCCAUUUUUUUCUAGUGUAUUUUUAUUCCAAAUAAACCCAGUGUCUCUCUGAACUACAAAGUAUUGUGCUUACCCCUUAUUACAUCCUUCUGAGAGUUGAGGAACUUGACAGGUAAAAUGCCACUUCCCAGAAUGACUUAGAAUGGUGGUGGUGAACCUGUGCCACCCGUGCGCAGCCAGCUGUGUGUCGUCAUUGAAAGCUGUCAGAGGUUCGCCAUGACUGAGUUGGAAUAAAGGGAAAACUGAACUUCCCCUGCCUCCCACGAACGUAACGUUCGGCGCACCACGACUGUAGACCAGGGAAAAUAAAUUAUAGCAUUCAGGGAGAGUUUU